AUGUGCGGCUGCUCCUGCGGCUGCAGUGGCCGCUGCAGCUGGGCCAGGGCUCAGCCCCGCGGGCGCAUCCUGGGGGGCCGCGAGGCCCGGCCGCACCUGCGGCCGCACAUGGCCUCGCUGCAGCUCGACGGGGAGCACAUCUGCGGCGGCUUCCUCAUCGCCGAGCAGUGGGUGCUGAGCGCCGCGCACUGCACCGAGGAGACGGAUGGGAAGUUGUUCCAGGUGCUGCUGGGCGCCCACUCGCUCACGGAGCCGGAGCCGCACAAGCGGCUGUACCGUGUGCGGGCGCAGAUCCCGCACCCCGGCAGCAAUGUGUACAACAAUGAGGACGACCUGCUCCUGCUCCAGCUGGAGGAGAAAGCGGAGCUGAACGAGCACGUGCAGGUGCUGCCCUUCCAGCGGGAGCAGCGGGACGUGGCGGCCGGCACCGUGUGCGAGGUGGCCGGCUGGGGCACCGUGACCCACAGCGGCCGCCGGCCCGACCGGCUGCAGCAGGUGGAGCGGCCGGUGCUGAGCCGCGACGAGUGCAACCACCGCACGCGCCACGACCACUCCAUCACCCCCAACAUGAUGUGCACCGACUCCCGCAAGAGGGACACCUGCAAGGGCGACUCCGGCGGCCCCCUGGUCUGCAACGGGGUGGCCGAGGCCGUGGUCACCGCCGGCUCCCGCGUCUGCGGCAACUACAAGAAACCCGGCAUCUACACCCGCAUCGCGCCCUACGCCGCCUGGAUCGACCGCGUCAUGGGCGCCCUGUCCGGGCAGGAGGACACCCCCUGAGCCGCCCCUUGUCCCCGCUCUGUGUCCCUGUC